GUAAAGAGAUGGAACUGUUCUUGCUUGUUAGCUGCUCAUUCACGCUCAGGCCUGCUGAUUUUUGUUUCUCUUGAAACUUACUGCUCCAACGGACUCCAUUUAUUUAAGAGACAAAACUCUAUCCUACUUGGAGAUUCUUAUUGCUAUUGCAAGUACAGUUACUGGUUGAAUUUUGAAGCCUUUGGUAGAUUUUUUUUCUGGGUCUUGGUUAUUCUAGAAAUAGAGUGAGAGAAAUGGAGAUUCUCAUUGCUGUUGCAAGUGCAAUUGCUGUUGAAAUUCCUAAAGCCUUGGUGGCCCCUGUCAGCCGACAUAUUAAAGCCUUGGUGGCCCCAAUCAGCCGACAUAUUGGUUACCUAACUGGCUACGAACUUAACAUCAAGGAUCUGAAAGAGAAGCUUCAGAAACUGAAAGAUAAGAAAACUGUCGUGGACCGACAUGUAGCUGGCCCCACUGCUGAUUCAAUAAUUCAAUGGAAAAAGAAAGUGGAUGACAUCAGUAAGAAGGGCAAUGAAUUUUUUCAAAAUGAAAUGAACGUGAACAAGUGUUUUAACACGAACUGUCCAGAUCCAAUGUCACGUUAUUCCUUGAGCAAGAAAGCUGAAGGGAUGACAAAGACGGUGCUUGAUCUGCUCAAACAGACUGAAGAGUUCGGUGACAUGGCCCAUCCAGGUAUCAACCUAGGAUCAGCUUUCAUUACUGAAGGCAUUAGGGAUUUUAGAUCAAGGGAAUCAAUUAAAAAUGAAGUCUGGGAGGCCUUGAAGGAUGACAACCUUAGCAUGAUCAGUAUAUGUGGAACUGGUGGUGUGGGUAAAACCACGAUGGUAAAAGAGCUUGUGCAAAGAGUUGAAAGAGAGAAAUUGUUUGAUGUCGUUGGAAUGGCAGUAGUGUCCCAAACUCCUAAUAUCAAAAAGAUACAAGGUGACAUUGCAUCUUGGCUAAAUUUGAAAUUGGACGAUGAGAAUGAGUUAAAAAGAGCAGGCGAGCUUCGUCAGGGGCUUAUAAACCAUGGUAAGAGGAUCCUCAUAAUAUUGGAUGAUGUUUGGAGCGAGUUGGAUUUUGAAAAAAUAGGACUUCCUUCAAGGGGAGAGAGAAAGGGACACAAAAUUAUGUUGACUUCACGUAACAUGGAUGAAUGCAAUAAAAUGGAAAGUGAAAAGAAUAUCACUAUGAAAGUUUUAGAAAAAGAUGAAGCUAGGGAUCUUUUUAGAGAGAUGGCAGGCAUUUCCAAUGUCCAGGAUUUGCAUCAGACGGCAACUGAGAUUGCAGAUGAAUGUGGAGGCUUGCCUCUUGCUAUUGUAACUAUUGCAAAGGGAUUAAAAAACAAAGGGAGGAACAAAUGGGAUGAUACGCUCCAACGGCUAAAGAAUUCUAACCUACAAGGCGUAUCAAGAGAUGUGUUUUCCAGAAUUGAAUUAAGUUACAAGCUUUUGGAAGACGAAGAGGCCAAGUCAUGCUUUCUGCUUUGUAGUUUGUUCCCCGAAGAUUUCAAUGUUCCGGUUGAAGAUUUGGUUAGAUAUGGAAUGGGCCUACGGUUGUUUAAAAAUGUUGAUAAAGUGCAUCAUGCAAGAACUAGGGUCUAUAAUCUUAUUGAUGAACUUAAAGAAUCAUUUUUAUUGCUUGAAGGUGAUAGGCAUGACUAUGUCAAAAUGCAUGAUAUUGUCCGCGAUGUAGCCAUAUCAAUUGCCUCAAGAGAUAAGCAAUGGCACACGUUACAAAGUGAGGCUAAAAUGAAGUGGCUAGAGGAAGAUGGGUACAAACAUUGCAUUGUAAUUUCACUUUCGUAUGAAAAAAUCAGCGACCAGCUUAAUGAUUUGGAGUAUCCGAAGCUUGAACUCUUGCAAAUUUGGGAUGAUUGUUGGUCACCAGGCCUUCCAAACAACGUUUAUGCAGGGAUGAAAGAACUCAAAGUUCUAGCUUUGUCUUCGAGUUUCACAUCACUGCCACAAUCACUUGAUGUCCUGAGGAAUCUUCGAACCUUAUGUCUUGAGGUAUCUAACGAACAUUGGGGACGCGCCAUUGGAGCUCUUGUCAAACUAGAAAUACUCGAAAUUCGUUAUGGAUGCUCAAGUUUCUGA